AUGUUCUUGUCAAUCAAGAAUGUUGUAUUUGUUCUUUUUUUCCGGCUGUUGUUGCGUUUGACCAAACAAGAUUCCAUUUUUGUUCUUCUACCAGAUUUGACGAAGGAGCAGUUUCCCGUCCUAGAAUCGCCCCGUCGGCUGCCCGAUGGGGAAGUUUUCGCCGUAAGGCGGGUGAUCGGCCGUGAACACGGGGUCGGGGAGGUAGUUGUUAUUCCCAGUGUCGACUGUGGAGUCGCCGAAGAUGAUGACGGCGGUGAAGCUGGGAAGCUGCUGGUUCGGGGAACAGUAAUAACCAUUUCAAUAAAUCCCUAG